AUGUCUUCAAAUGAUUUAUUAAGUUACUCGAUCAUGAAUAAGGGUCAUAAUGUGAAUAGCAUACCUUUGCUACCAUUGCCUAUACCCUUGAGGCCUCAGGGAUUUACUAAAAUUCAGAAUGAGAAAGGUCAUGUUGUUUUACCUCCAUUAAGUGAUAUUAAGUUUAAUGAUUAUACACCUAUUAGAUUAACUGAAGGUAAUUUGUCAAACUUGAAUCAUUCGUCCCCUCCCUCGUUGACCUCUUCAUCCGCAUCGUCGUCUCCUGUUUCGUCUCCAAGCUUAUCAAGUAUGAAUUUAUCUGGUAUGAAUUCUCCUAUUGCCUUGGCUAACCAAAAAUCUGAUUCAGCAUCUAUGAGUGCUAGCUUUAUAUCUACUCCACUUACUUCGACUGCGUCGGAGUCUUCCGAGUCCCGUAAGAGAAGACAGAGGUUGGGGCCAUCAUGUGAUUCGUGCCGUACUAGAAAAGUCAAGUGUGACGCGGAAAUUACCAUAUUAUCUAAAAUGGCUUCGACUGCGAAUCUCCAGGAUUUCUUUCCUUCACAUAUUGCUGCAAGCUUACUCGAAAACAAGCAAGUCGAAAUCGAAGGGAGUUUUAAUGUUAUAAUAUCUAAUGAUAAACUCAUAAAAUUCAAAUCAUGUAAAUCUUGCAAUGCUAAGAACUUGCCAUGCUGUUUUACUAAAGGCUUUACCAAAGAAGAUAUAAUGUUGAAUAAUAAGAAGAAACCUACAUCCACUUCAUCAUCUUCGGGAGUUUCAUCUUCUAAAUCCAAAGUGAGUAAGAAGAAACCAAAUGUAUCUCCUGUCGGCUCAAGAAAAUCAUCCUGCAGUGCAUGUAGAAGAAGAAAAAUUAAGUGUGUAUUCAACGAUGCUUUGAAUAAAUGUGAGGGGUGUGCUAAGAAGGAUCAUAGUUGUUUGUUUGAAAACAUCAAUUAA